UCAGAGUAGCAGAGCUGCAGCCCACCGCCUCAGUUUGCUGUUAGGAGGGCACCAUCAGUGCUCUAACAUCCAGGAUGUUAGACAACGAGGAGUUUAUGCUGGACACUUACCCGCGGGAGCUCACCCAGAACCCGCUGAAGAAGAUCUGGAUGCCGUGCAGAAACGGCCACAUAGCUCAGAGACGGGUAUGUAUGACAAACUGUCCCACCCUCAUUGUGACAGUUGGACUUCCAGCCAGAGGGAAGACUUACAUUUCAAAGAAGCUCACUCGCUACUUAAACUGGAUAGGUGUGCCAACCAAAGAAUUCAAUGUUGGCCAGUACCGAAGGGAGUGUCUGAAGAUCUACAAGUCUUUUGAGUUUUUCCGUCCAGACAAUGAAGAAGGCUUAAAAAUCAGACGUCAGUGUGCCACGUCAGCACUUAACGACGUCCGGCAGUACCUGAGCGUUGAAGGAGGACAGGUUGCGGUCUUUGAUGCCACAAAUACAACAAGAGAAAGAAGAGGAACCAUUGUCAAGUUUGCUGAGCAGAAUGGAUUCAAGGUAUUUUUUGUGGAGUCAGUGUGUGAGGACCCAGAAGUCAUUGCACAAAAUAUAGUGCAAGUUAAGCUGGGAAGCCCAGACUACAUACACUGCAACUCAGAAGAAGCCAUUGAAGACUUCAUGAAGAGAAUUAAGUGUUACGAGUCAUCCUACCAGCCUCUGGAUGAGGUUCUGGACAGAGAUCUAUCCUACAUAAAGAUCAUGGAUGUGGGCCGCCGUUAUCUUGUAAACCGUGUCGUUGACCACAUCCAAAGCCGAAUCGUCUACUACCUGAUGAACAUCCAUAUCACACCGCGCUCCAUCUACCUGUGUCGCCACGGUGAGAGCGACCUCAACAUCAAGGGACGCAUCGGAGGAGACUCUGGUUUGUCUGCCAGAGGGAAAGAGUUUGCCAAACAUCUGAGGAAAUUCAUCCAGGAACAGAACAUCAAAGAUCUGAAGGUUUGGACGAGCCAGAUGAAGAGAACGAUCCAGACAGCGGAGUGCCUGGGAGCGCCAUACGAGCAGUGGAAAUCUCUCAACGAAAUCGACGCCGGUGUGUGUGAAGAAAUGAUGUAUGAGGAGAUCCAGGAGCACUACCCUCUGGAGUUUGCACUGAGAGACCAGGACAAAUACCGCUACCGCUAUCCCAAAGGAGAGUCAUAUGAAGACCUGGUGCAGCGGCUGGAGCCUGUGAUCAUGGAGCUGGAGAGACAGGAGAACAUUCUGGUCAUCUGUCACCAGGCCGUCAUGCGCUGUCUUCUUGCAUAUUUCCUCGAUAAGACUGCAGAUGAGUUGCCUUAUCUUAACUGCCCUUUGCACACUGUGUUGAAGUUGACCCCCGUGGCUUAUGGAUGUAAAGUGGAGUCCGUGUAUUUAGGUGUGGAUUCUGUGAACACACACAGAGACAGACCAGAGAAUGUGAACGUGCAGCGCAGCACUGAAGACGCUCUGCAAACAGUCCCAGCUCAUUUCUAACCUCCUGUACUUCCAGCUGAGCCUCUGUCAGGACCUCUGAACAGCACUAUGGGAACAGUGCUGUUGAACUGCCUCCAGUGGCAGCUUCUUCACUGAAACAGAGACACCUUCCCAGACUCAUACUGUAAAGCACUUUCACUAACUAGAAUUUUUUUUUUUUUUUACACAUAUGUUUGUUUGACUUGUACUAUUGUGUGACUCAGUGGAUCAAACUAAAGGCAAAGUCCAAUAUUUUUGAUAAGUGGAUCUACUGUUACUGGUGCAAUGAUAAUAUUUUCAACUCUCGGCAUCAUCUUCCAUGAUUCUAUUUAAUAUCUACUGUACUUUGUGCACUGUGUAUACUGCCAUACGCUUCCACUGGUUCUGAUGAUGUUAAUGUGUGAAAAUCAAAUGUAACCCCAGAAAAGAUUUGACGUCACUAAAGUACACAGAAAUCUGAUUUUUUAACCAAGUUUUUCUUUUCGUGGUUGUCCACUGAUAUUCUGUGACUAAAAAGGGGGCUGUGCUUGAUGUGUGUACUCAGAGUACACAAAGAUCUUAUCUUAAGAUAAUUUAAACAUUCCAGAGGUGAAGAUAAAAUUCUUAUACCAAGUCCCACAAAAAAAAACCUAGAGGAUUGAACUUCUAUUGUAAAUUCUUGUGUUCAGUUUUCUCUAAAAUGUAGCUUAUGAUCCAAAAUAAUGUUCCUUCCUCUAAAUAUUUACCACAAAAAGGAUUUGGGGAUGUUGUGUCUGUUUUUAAGAGAUGCAAUCAAAAGCUUUGACAAAUCUUCACUGUGUCACUUGUGUCAUUUUUUGGCAACUAAAUAACUUUAAUCUGCCACAAAAUGAAAACCUGUUUUUAUUUGUGAGUAUAAAGUCUGGUGCUGUGCAAACUGUACAUGCAUGUUUGGUUUAAUGUUUUGCGUGUAAAACUACCUGUAUAAUACUUUUUUGAGAUUUAUGUACACUGUAUUUCUAUUUCUUUGUUGAAAAAAACUGUUCCAAAUGCCUUGUUCUGUCUUCAGCUGUCAAAAUCUCAAUAAACGUUCGAUAUUUGUGGGAAAGAGAAAA